AUGAUGCAAUAUCGACGUCAAUAUAUGGCGGUUUCAGUAUCAGUGUAUAAGGCCAUAUCAACAUCUGAAUAUAUGGCGGUUUCAGUAUCAGUAUAUAGGACAAUAUCAUCUGCAUAUAUGGAGGUUUCAGUAUCAGUGUAUAAGAAACCCCAAAGAACCUACAGAACCCCCCAAGAACCCUACAGAACCCCCAAAGAACCCUACAGAACCCCCCAAAGAACCCUACAGAACCCCCUAAAGAACCCUACAGAACCCCCAAAGAACCCUAACAGAACCCCAAAGAACCCUACAGAACCCCAAAGAACCCUACAGAAACCCCCAAAGAACCCUACAGAACCCCCCAAAGAACCCUACAGAACCCUACAGAACCAAAGAAACCUACAGAACCCCCCCAAAGAACCCUACAGAACCCCAAAGAACCCUACAGAACACCCCAAACCCUACAGAACCCCCCAAAGAACCCUACAGAACCCCCCCCAAAGAACCCUACAGAACCCCCCAAAGAACCCUACAGACCCCCAACCCUACAGACCCCCCAAAGAACCCUACAGAACCCCCCAAAGAACCCUACUAAAGAACCCUACAGAACCCCCAAAGAACCCUACAGAACCCCCAAAGAACCCCCCCCCAAAAACCCUACAGAACCCCAAAAGAACCCUACAGAACCCCCGAACCCUACAAGAACAAGAACCUACAGAACAAACGAACACAUCAGAUAAGAAGAAAGAGAACCCUACCCUGAAGACCCCAAAGCCCCCCACGCAUGCAAGGGCGACAGAAUGGGAGCCCAAACGACACAUCAAUAACACGUAG